UUUAAUAUUUCGAAAUAUUUCUAUAUCUCAAAUAAUUUAGUAUUUUUGUGAUAUUACUUGACAUAAAUAGAAUAAUUACAGAUUUGAUAUUUAAUAGAACAUUUGUGCAAAAUUAAAUAAUGAUGACUGAUAAUAGAGCAACUGGCCCAUUAGAUCAUGGAGGUUUGCAACAAACUCUUCCUACAAAGAUAUUUGUGCAAAGAGAUUAUAAUGAUGGAACCUCUGUAAAAUUUCAAACUAGGUUUCCUCCAGAACUGGAAAAUAGGAUUGAUAGGCAAGCUUUUGAACACACGAUUAAUCAAUUAAAUUUGUAUUUUGCUGAAGCUGAAAAAGCAGCUUGUAGUACAUAUUGCGAAGGAUGUCUUGCUUGUUUAACUGCCUAUCUAAUAUAUUUGCACUGA